UCCCCAACGCUGGUCUCGCACUCCCCCAGAAAGUUUCGCCUUCCUCCGACACCCUAAUCGAUCAUCCACAAUUUCAUUCCCCGUUAACGUUACAUUUUCGAUGGAGUUUGGGGUUCAUGGUGAUGUUAAUGGUGGCAUCCUCUUGAAUUCGGUCCAAGUGGAGGGUAGUAGUAGCAUGGACAAUGAAAAUGAAACAAGUGAAAAUCCUGUCGAAGGGAUUUUCCAACCGAGUCUGAAUGACAAGUUGGAUCAAACUUCUCCAGAAAAUGGCGACUUCCCUGAGGUUGCUACGGCUGAUGAGCCUUAUGAGGGUCAAGAGUUUGAAUCUGAGGCAGCUGCACAUGCGUAUUAUAAUGCAUAUGCCACGAGGGUAGGAUUCAUCAUUCGUGUAAGCAAACUUUCCCGUUCAAGGCGUGAUGGAUCUCCCAUCGGAAGGGCCCUUGUUUGUAACAAAGAGGGUUUCAGAACGCCCGACAAGUGAGAAAAAAUCAUGAGGCAAAGGGCAGAGACGAGGGUUGGAUGCAGGGUGAUGAUUUUGGUGAGGAAAGUAAGUUCAGGUAAAUGGAUUGUCACCAAAUUUGUGAAGGAGCACACAUCCUCUAACAGAUGGAAAAGGUCGAAGGGAGUGCAUAUACGAUCAAUUCCCGGUCAGUUUUCACUAUUGUACUAAAUUCAUUUCUGCUGUACUGCGUUG